AUGCAGUAUAACAAAUUGGUCAAUACACUUUUGGAUGCUUUUACAAAAGAAUAUCCAAAAAGGAGAUUUCUUUUAACUAAACUUCUUGGUUCUGGUGCGGAAGGAGGAGCCUUUCUUGCUUCCGCCUCUGAUUGGAGCAAUAAUCCUUAAUAAGUAGUAAUUAAAAUACAAAAAAACAUGAAACCUAAUGAAAAAUAAUUUCUUAGUUCUUUAAUAGAGUACCAAAAUUUAUAUGAAAAUGGAAAUAAUUAAUAAUAUCUUCCUACUUAUUUAAUCAGAAUAUAUGAAUAUUUUUAAUGGUAAAAGAAUCAUUGCAUUGUUAUGGAAGUUGGACAAGAAGAUUUAUAUCGUUUCAUAAAUAACAGUAGGAAUGUAUCAAUAUAAGAAAAAGUACAAAUUUGUUUUUAGGUAAAUAUUUUAAUAAAUAUAAUUAUAGAUUAUUUACCCAAUUCUAUUUCUACAUUAAUAGAAGUUAAUCCAUCGAGAUAUUAAACCAGAAAAUUAUAUUAAAGUAGGAAAUGUUUUUAAACUUAUUGACUUUGGUUUAAUUAGGAGUUCGUUAUCUGAUGUUAAAACUUUAUAAGUUGGUAGUACAAUAUUUCAAGCACCAGAAAUUCUAGAAAAUAGAAGUGAUUAUACAGAUAAAGUUGAUAUCUGGUCAUUAGGAUGUGUUUUUUAUGAAAUAUUAUAAACUUAACCUUUGUUUGAUGGUAUAAAUAAAUUUAUAAUCUUAGGAUAAACUCAUUAAGAAGUAACUAAAAAUAUUAANAUAAAUCAUUUUAGAUCAUAAUUUUCAUUAGAAAUUCAUUUAUAAUUAUUAUAAUCUAUAGGAAGUAUCUUAAGUGUAGAUUUAUUAUCUUGUAAUAUUAAGAAUUUCUAAUUUUAUUAAAGUUUGAAUAUAUUUUUAUAUAUUGAAUAUAAGUUAAUCAAUAAGACUAACAUCAAAAAGUUAUUUAUUUAUAAUAAAAAUACUUCACAUUUAAGAGUUUCACUAACAAUAAAAUUAAUUUAAUUACUAUCCUUUGCUUAUUUAAUAUUUUAAUAGAAAUAGGAAAAUGCAGUAUAACAAAUUGGUCAAUACACUUUUGGAUGCUUUUACAAAAGAAUAUCCAAAAAGGAGAUUUCUUUUAACUAAACUUCUUGGUUCUGGUGCGGAAGGAGGAGCCUUUCUUGCUUCCGCCUCUGAUUGGAGCAAUAAUCCUUAAUAAGUAGUAAUUAAAAUACAAAAAAACAUGAAACCUAAUGAAAAAUAAUUUCUUAGUUCUUUAAUAGAGUACCAAAAUUUAUAUGAAAAUGGAAAUAAUUAAUAAUAUCUUCCUACUUAUUUAAUCAGAAUAUAUGAAUAUUUUUAAUGGUAAAAGAAUCAUUGCAUUGUUAUGGAAGUUGGACAAGAAGAUUUAUAUCGUUUCAUAAAUAACAGUAGGAAUGUAUCAAUAUAAGAAAAAGUACAAAUUUGUUUUUAGGUAAAUAUUUUAAUAAAUAUAAUUAUAGAUUAUUUACCCAAUUCUAUUUCUACAUUAAUAGAAGUUAAUCCAUCGAGAUAUUAAACCAGAAAAUUAUAUUAAAGUAGGAAAUGUUUUUAAACUUAUUGACUUUGGUUUAAUUAGGAGUUCGUUAUCUGAUGUUAAAACUUUAUAAGUUGGUAGUACAAUAUUUCAAGCACCAGAAAUUCUAGAAAAUAGAAGUGAUUAUACAGAUAAAGUUGAUAUCUGGUCAUUAGGAUGUGUUUUUUAUGAAAUAUUAUAAACUUAACCUUUGUUUGAUGGUAUAAAUAAAUUUAUAAUCUUAGGAUAAACUCAUUAAGAAGUAACUAAAAAUAUUAAAAAUCAUAAAACCUACCCAGUUCCUGUUAAUAAUAAAAUCAAUUAAUUAUAAAUUUCAUAAUAAUUUAAAACCAUUUUAACUUCAAUGCUAAUUUAUGAUGAAAAGAAAAGGCCAUCAAUAUAAUAAGUUUAUGAUGAAUUCAAAAGUUACUUAAAUCCAUAACCUAAAGUAAUUCCAUAAAUUAUACCCAAACCAGAUAUUCCAUAACCAUUAUAACAAUAAGAAAAUAAUUAACAACAAUAAAUUAAGACUCAAAAUACAAAUUCUGCUAAUAAAUCUGAAAAUAAUAGUUCUGAAUAAUAAAAUUAAAUUAUCCAAAAUAAAGAACUUAAUUAAAAUUAAUAAUAACCAAAGGUUGACUAGAUUAAAUUAGAAGAAUUUAAUUAAUACUAAUUAAUUUAGAUAUAAAAAAUUGUUGAUAGCAUGGUAGAAUCAAAACUUAAGGACACUUAAAAUUAAUUAAUCUAAAGAGAAUAGUAAAUUAAUUAGUUAAAUUAGAAAAUAUCAGAUAUAACUGAUGUUAUGAAUAAAAAACAAUAAGAGGAAUAUGAAAACUAGAAUAAAAGAAAUCAAUAUAAUUAAGAUAAAUUAAAAGAAAUUGAAUCUUAAGUAUAAUCAAUAUAAUAGCAAAAGUCUAAUAAUGAAAUAUAUAAUUAAGAUGAGAAAUUCUAAUAAUCCCAGUCAGAAAUAAUGAUAGUAUAGUAAUAAUUAAAAUAAAUAUAAGAAUAAUAACACUAAUUGUAGAAUAUAGUAUAAUAAAGCCAAUAAAAAACUUAAUAAAUAAUUCAAGAAAAUUAUAAGUUGUUUAAAGAAUAAGAAGUUAAACUUUAAGAAUUCUUAGACAAAAAUAUUUAAGAAUAAAAUUAAUAAUUGACUAUAAAAUUCAAUGAAAUAUAGAUAGAAUUAAGAAGCUAAAAGGAUAAAUAAUUUGAAAUAAAUAAUCAAUAUGCGAAUAUUGAAUAAGAUUAUUCAAAAAAAAAAUAAGAAAUAUAAAAUAUUACUGUUUAAUGUGAAGAAAUUAUUAAAACAAAAAAUGAAAUUAAAAUUUAAUAGGAAAAACUAUAAAAUUCAUUGGAGAAGCUAACUUAGUCAAAUUUAUCUAAUUAAAAUAGAAUUGAUGAGUAAGGUAAAUAGAUAAUUGACAUUUAGAAUAAAUUAUAUAUUGUAACUAAUAAAAGUGAAGACUUUGAUUAAGAAAAAUAAUAAUAAGUUAAUAACCAAGGCUAAAAUUAAACUAUUCUAAAUAAAAACAAUAAUUAAGGAUAAUAAUAAUCACAUAUUAAUAACCAAAUCUAUAAUCAAACUAAUCAAAAUAAAAUUAUUAAUUAAGAAGAAGCUAACAACCUUAUUUAAAAUAAUGAUACUUAAAAUAUCUAAAAUGAAGUUAAUAAAUAAAAUGAUAGCUUGAGAUUAUUACUUGAUUAAAAAGAUAACUAAAUCAAAUAAUAUAUGUAAGAAAAACAAUUAGCUAUGCAAUUAUUCAAAUAAUACACAAUAAUAUUGGUCUAAGAUUUAAAAGAUAAAUUAAUAAAUUAAGUCAUGAUUAAUGAACAAAAUAUAAAUAAUUAAUUAAGUUCUCAAUAAUAAAAUUAAGAUUAAGAAUUACCAAAAUUUUAAAAAUAAUAAAGUGAUUAAUUAUCAAAUAAUUAAGUAUGCAACAAUUAAAUAAAUGAAAUAUAAAUUAAUGAAUCUUCUGUAGACAAUCCUUGUUUAAAUAUAUUAUCAACACAAGACUAAAAGAAUCUCUUUGAAAAUUUAAGAACUGAAUUAUAGAAAUAAAUUAAUGAUGUUUUAUUUGUUUAAGAAAAUAGAAAUAAAGAUUAGUUAAAUUUAAUUAAAGAAUAACACUCAAGUCAAAUUAUUAAUUUAAAUAAUGAAAUUGAAGAUUAAAAUAAUUAAUUAAAAAAUAUCACAUAGGUUUCUUCAAUAGAAAAAGAAUAAUUAAAUAUCGAAAUUGUAGAUUUAAAGAAACAAAUAGAAAAUAUAACAUAAGUCUUUUAAAAAGAAAAAGAAGAAUAAAUUCAUUUAAAUAGAGAAAUUGAAAAUAGUAAUCAAGAUUUAAAAAAAUAAUUAGAAUAAUUAAAUGAAAGUCUUGAUUAAUAAAAAUAAUAAAUUUAAGAAUUGUAAUAAAAUAGUUAAAAAGAAUUGAAUGAUUUGAAAUAAGAUUUAGAAAUGUNAGAAUUGAUGAGUAAGGUAAAUAGAUAAUUGACAUUUAGAAUAAAUUAUAUAUUGUAACUAAUAAAAGUGAAGACUUUGAUUAAGAAAAAUAAUAAUAAGUUAAUAACCAAGGCUAAAAUUAAACUAUUCUAAAUAAAAACAAUAAUUAAGGAUAAUAAUAAUCACAUAUUAAUAACCAAAUCUAUAAUCAAACUAAUCAAAAUAAAAUUAUUAAUUAAGAAGAAGCUAACAACCUUAUUUAAAAUAAUGAUACUUAAAAUAUCUAAAAUGAAGUUAAUAAAUAAAAUGAUAGCUUGAGAUUAUUACUUGAUUAAAAAGAUAACUAAAUCAAAUAAUAUAUGUAAGAAAAACAAUUAGCUAUGCAAUUAUUCAAAUAAUACACAAUAAUAUUGGUCUAAGAUUUAAAAGAUAAAUUAAUAAAUUAAGUCAUGAUUAAUGAACAAAAUAUAAAUAAUUAAUUAAGUUCUCAAUAAUAAAAUUAAGAUUAAGAAUUACCAAAAUUUUAAAAAUAAUAAAGUGAUUAAUUAUCAAAUAAUUAAGUAUGCAACAAUUAAAUAAAUGAAAUAUAAAUUAAUGAAUCUUCUGUAGACAAUCCUUGUUUAAAUAUAUUAUCAACACAAGACUAAAAGAAUCUCUUUGAAAAUUUAAGAACUGAAUUAUAGAAAUAAAUUAAUGAUGUUUUAUUUGUUUAAGAAAAUAGAAAUAAAGAUUAGUUAAAUUUAAUUAAAGAAUAACACUCAAGUCAAAUUAUUAAUUUAAAUAAUGAAAUUGAAGAUUAAAAUAAUUAAUUAAAAAAUAUCACAUAGGUUUCUUCAAUAGAAAAAGAAUAAUUAAAUAUCGAAAUUGUAGAUUUAAAGAAACAAAUAGAAAAUAUAACAUAAGUCUUUUAAAAAGAAAAAGAAGAAUAAAUUCAUUUAAAUAGAGAAAUUGAAAAUAGUAAUCAAGAUUUAAAAAAAUAAUUAGAAUAAUUAAAUGAAAGUCUUGAUUAAUAAAAAUAAUAAAUUUAAGAAUUGUAAUAAAAUAGUUAAAAAGAAUUGAAUGAUUUGAAAUAAGAUUUAGAAAUGUGUUAAAAGGCAAGUUAAGCAGAAAAAUUAAGACAAAGUAAGGAAAUUAAUGAAUUGAAUGAAAAAAUAAAAAAGCAUGAAGAAGAUAACAAGAUUCAAAAUGAAAAAAUUAAAAAGUAUGAAGAAGAGAUCAAGAUCCUAAAUGAAAAAAUAAAAGAGCUUGAAGAAUAGAGUUUAAAUAAAAAUUAAGAAUUACAAAAAUUAAAUUAAGAAAAUUAACAAUUUAAAGACAAUCUAAAUUAAGCAAUAUAAUCUUAAAACCAAAUGAACGCCUUAAUUGAAUUCUUUAAAUAGAAGUAGAAUUUAGAUGGUUUUAUAGAAAACAAUAGUGAAAAAUAUAUGGAAUUGGGUAGUCUGUUAAGUUAAAAUAAUUGA